AUGGUUCUUAUUGAAUAUUUGUCUUCGGACAUGGCUAUGGCUGCUCUUGAUGCUCUGAUUUCCGUUGGAGGAAAAGUUGUCGAAUUCUUGGUGGAGCCAGUUGGGCGUCAAUUCAGUUAUGUCCUUCAUCGAAUGGAAUACAUUGGAGAUUUGAGAGACCAAGUUGAAAAGUUAGAGGCUCAGAGAAAAGAUGUGGACGACUUCAUUGACGUAGCAAAAAGGAAUAGAGAAGAAAUUCUAGAAAAUGUCAAGAAUUGGAUUGAAAAAGUUGAUGGGUUCAUAGUAGAGGCUAAAAAGUUUCUAGAAGAUGGUACCAAUGUGAACCAGAAAUGUUUCAUUGGGUGGUUUCCUGAUUUGGUCACACGUCGCCAGCUACGUAAAGAAGCAAAAGAUAAAGUUGAGGUGGCUAAAGAGCUAGAAAAAGAUGGCUACUUCAAUAGCAUAUCCAAACCAGCUCGUCCCUUGGGGAUAGAGUCCAUACCCUCAGAAAGGCUUGUGACUUAUGAGACCACAAAUUUGGCAAUGAUGAGUGUAAUGAAAGCACUAACUGAUGACAAGAUCUACUUUAUUGGAAUACAUGUGUCUCAAAACCCAGAUAUUAAAAAGAUUCAAGAUCAAAUAGCUGUUAUGUUGGGUUUCACCAAAUUUACUGAUCAGUCAAGUGAAGUUGAAAGAGGAAGCAUGCUUUGUGCAAGGCUCAAGGAUGUGAAAAAGGUCCUUAUUAUAUUAGAUGAUGUUUGGGACAGACUUGAAUUGACAACCUUGGGCAUUCCACUUGGCCAAGAUCAUGAGGGCUGCAAAAUCAUAAUCAAAACAUGGUGUGAGCAAGUCUGCAGAACCAUGGCAAAGGAAUGGGAGAGGACAAAGAUAGUUUGGCUUGAUGUUUUAUCUGAACAAGAUUCAUGGGACUUAUUUAGAAAAAAUGUUGGCGAUGCUGUUGACUCUUCUGCGUUAAAUGAUGUUGCUAAAGAGAUUUGUAAAGAAUGUGGAGGUCUUCCCAUAGCAGUAGUUACAGUUGGAAAAGCAAUGUUGAGCUAUGAUUACUUGCAAGAUGAGGAAGCCAAGGAUUGCUUCUUGCUUUGUUCUCUGUUUCCCGAGGAUCAUGACAUCUUAAUAGAAGACUUGGUACGGUAUGGGAUGGGGUUGAGAUUAUUCAAAAAUGUUGAUACAGUGCAGGAAGCUAGGAGUAGAGCAAAGUCAGUGAUCAACAAUCUCAUAGCUUCAUGUUUGUUAUUAGCUAGUGAUGUACAAGACUGCAUCAAAAUGCAUGAUGUUGUGCGUGAUGUUGCCAUAUUUAUAGGAUCCAAAAAGCAUUUUGUAAGAGCUGGUUGCAAUUUGAAAGAUUGGCCAAAUGUGGAUAGUUUGGAUAAAUACACAGGCAUAUCAUUGAUGAGAAAUCAGAUCAGUAACCUUCCUGAGGUCUUGGAAUGUUCAAAGCUCCAAAUAUUACCAUUUCAAGACAAUCUAAAUGCAUGGUCAUGUUCACAUGAAUUCCUUUCUAGGAUAAGUGUUUUAGAUUGGAGCCGACACUUCUACCCUCAUCUUGACAAUCCAAUUUGUUGUCCUGAUACUUUCAAUAACCAAACGUGUCUUCGAACAUUAGUUCUUGAAGGAAUUAAGUUUGGGGACACUAAAUUUCUUGAACAGUUAAAGAUACUUGAAGUCCUUAACCUCAGGCGUGCCUUAUUUUCUGAGGUACCAAAUGCUAUUAACUAA